AUGACUAUCGUAUCCCCCGACAAACUCCCAUCUGCCCGGGCAGUGGAACUUACCGCACCCUUGGACGAUAUUUAUCAGAUCCUGAAUGAGGACGGGGCUGUGAUCAUCAAGAACUUCAUUCCUUUAGAAUUGGUGGACAAGAUCAACAAAGAGGUCGAUCCAUACUUAGCCCAACACGCGGCCGGUCCCAACCACAUGUCGGAAAUCUACAAAUUAACGGUCGGGUCCAAAACCAAGCACAUGGGUAAUUUGACCAUGGCUUCGAAGUCAUUUCGGGAUGAAGUACUCAAUCAUCCGUCGAUGCAUGCUAUUUCGGAGAAGCUGUUCCGUGCCAACUUUGGCGACUACUGGUUGAAUCGGGCCGCCGUGUUGGAGGUUGAUUCCGGCGAAAAAGCCCAAGGCCUCCAUCGAGACGACAGUCUCUACCCCUGGAAAGCUUUCCUAACGAAAGAUUCGCCAGAACUGAUGGUCAAUUUUUUCAUCGCUUUGACCGAGUUUCGCGAGGAGAAUGGUGCGACUAGGCUAGUCCUAGGGAGCCACAAAUGGGAAGAUUCGACCAUGUAUCCAUCUCCCGAGCAAACUAUUCCUGCCGAGAUGCAAGCAGGAGAUGCGAUUGUGUACUUGGCAAGCUUGUUCCAUGGAGCAGGGCAGAACCGCUCUCAGAAAACCCGUCGUGGACUGAGCAUAACUACGCACCCGGCCCAUUUCACGCCCAUGGAGUCCCACAUUGAUGUGCCGCGGGCCAUCAUCGAGACCAUGACACCUCUAGCUCAGAAAAUGAUAGGCUGGAGAACGUGGAGCACUAAUCAUGGAGUGCCAGUCUGGACUGUCAGAGACGGGAGGAUGGAGGAUGAGUUGAAGCUGAAAUCCUUGGAGUCGCCCAAGCAAAUACAAGCUGCUGUGAUCUAG